GAAAUAGAAAAAUAAAUGACAAAUCUCUAUCACUUCCAGGUGUACAAUAGUAUAGCCAACCACUUCAGUGACACCCGGACCAAGUUGUGGCCCAAUGUGACAGAGUUUUCUGCUCUCCUUUCCUCGGGCUCAGUUCUCAUUGAUGCUGGCUGCGGAAAUGGAAAAUAUUUUGGUGCUAACUCUCUGGUAUUCCAGGUAGGGUUUGACCGCAGUGAAGGCCUGGCAGAGAUCACCCGCUCUCGGGGCCAUGAGGUUUUCGUGGGCGACUGUCUUCAUCUACCUGUGCGGGACGGACUAGCCGACGGUAUCAUCAGUUGUGGCGGUGCUCCACCAUCUGUCCACACGGGAACGGCGGCUGAGCGCGGUGCGUGAGGAUGGCCCGCGUGCUGACACCAGGCGGCCGAGCACUCAUCACCGUGUGGGCCCGGAGUCAGACGCAGCAGGACCUCUCAGCGUACCUCAAACAGGACCGUAAAAAACAGAAGGAGAGACGCAGAUUCUUGGUCCCAACAUCGAGAUGUUUCCCAACAACCCGAGUGCUCACAGUGACAUCACUUUAAUUUCUGAGAAGCCCUCUCGAGAACCACAAGAAUGCUUCUCAGAUUUAAAGAUCGUGGAAGAAAAUGAAGCCAGGACCGUAGAGAACGAUUCGGCUUGUGAGUGUUUAAAUUUUAAACUGCCUGUUCACAAGGCCCGGACGGAAGUUUCAACAUCCCGAUGUGCUUGUGCCGUGGAAGGUCAAGUCAAAAGAAACAAACCACCAAGUGAAGGAAGUCUUUCCUAAGAUAUUACCAUGUUUUCGAAGAAAACGAACUGAGUGAAUUGUGCACUGUUUUUGACGGAUAUAAAAAUACUGCAAACCUACUAUACAGAAGGAAAUUGGUGUAUUAUUUUCGAAAAAGUGAAGUCAUAGCAUUUAUUGCAAUCAGUUUUUAAUUAUAUUUUUUACAUUGGUCGUGUAA